AUGGCUUCAUAUGAUAAGGACAACACAACUGAAGAAGAUUAUAUUAGAAACCUAAUAAAGGAUGUCGAAAAUCUGUCAUUUCCACAUAAACAAUUAGAAGCUUUUAAAUCUCUCUGUACUAUAACGUCAUCUUCUAAUUUCAAAUUAAUUGAAAGUCUUGUCGCUUUGGGCGGUUUACCGGUUAUAUUGAGGUGUGCGAAAACGAAUAAACAUCCUCAAAUACAAAUAGAAGCUGCUUGGGCAUUAAAUAACAUCAUAAUAGGAUGCAAAGAUCACCUUGCUGAUGUGAUGAAAGUGGAUGCAUUUCCACUUCUAUGUCAUUUACUCAAAUCAAACUGUCUCCAGGUAUGUGAACAGGCAGCCACUGCUAUUGCAAAUAUACUUGUGACUGACAAAGAGUAUUGUGCGCAAGCUGUAGAUAAAGGUUUUAUACGUACUCUAAUUUCGAUGUAUUACCUGCAUCUCAACUCCCCAAUUAUUAUUCGUCGAGUUAGCUGUAUUAUUCGUUAUAUAUGUCAAAUCGAGUUAUGCUACACCUUAGUUAAAAAGAUCAUGCCGGUUAUAAGAACUUUGAUAUAUCAUUUGGACAAGGAUAUAAAACUUAAUAUUUUAUAUGGAAUAACGUACCUCACAGAUAAUAAAGACUUUCCUUUUAAAUUAUUACUGAACUACGGCAUACUUGAAAGCAUGAUUUCAGUUUUGGUUCACUCAGAUAUUAAAAUUUUAAUUGUUGCCUUGCAUGGUUUAGGUAAUUGUUUAAAAGAUACUGAAAAUUUGGUAGAAAAUACUUUGGACAAUAAUAUUCUACAACAUUUAGGAGGUUUGGUAAUACAUGAUAGCAGUUUGGUACGAAAAAGUGCACUAUUUUGUGUUGGUGAACUUUUAGGAAAUCCUAUGAGCUACUCGCAUGAGCUAUCUAAUAUUAAUGGCCAACUCAUGGUAAAUAUUUUUAUAAAUUUAACUGAUGAAGAUGACGAUGUAAACAAAGAGACAAUUUAUGCAUUACUAAAAUUAUCUGCUACGGGUUCAAAGGAUCAUAUACUAAUGUUGGUACAGAUGGAGAGCAUUCCAAUCUUAAGUGAAAUUUUGGAGUAUUCAAAAUGUGAUAUUAUAAAAAUGAUUUUGGAAAUAAUACUAAACUUAAUUGAGCGUUCAGAGGAAUACUUUGUAACAAUUACUUCAAUGGUCCGUAAACAUAUCGAUUAUACUACGCUGGAAUAUUUAAUGAAACACAAAGAUACUGAUAUUCAGAAAUUCGCUAAUGACAUCUAUACGGAUCUCAAUUAUGAAUCGCGUAUUGUAUAA